AUGUAUGGCGGAGAUGUUGUCCGUCUGUUUCACGCGGAACAGGAAAAGUUCCUAACAAUGGAUGACUACAAGAAAAAGCAAUACGUUUUCCUGCGAACGACGAGCCGCGCGACCGCCACUUCCGCCACUUCCUCGAAGGCCUUGUGGGAGAUAGAGGUCGUCCAACACGACCCGUGCAGAGGCGGCGCCGGCCAUUGGACUUCGCUCUACCGGUUCAGGCAUUUGGCCACCGGUCAGUAUUUGGCCGCUGAGGUCGACGAAGAAACCACAUCGGAUCUCAUGCGCAAUAAGCUGAGGGGUGGACCCGACCAGCGAGUGUUUCAAUUGGUAUCAGUGCCUCACAGUUACGACAUCGCCAGUAUCUUCGAGUUGGAUCCGACCACUCAAAGCCGUGGCGACGAUUUGGUUCCGCAAAACUCAUACGUCCGGAUGAAACACGUGGUGACCAAUACAUGGGUUCACAGCACUAACAUUCCCAUCGAUAAGGAGCACGAGAGGCCCGUCAUGUCGAAAGUGGGCUGCGCUCUCAUCAAAGAGGAUAAGGAGGCCUUCGCAGUGGUUCCCGUCUCACCCGUCGAAGUACGCGAUCUGGACUUCGCGAACGACGCCUGCAAAGUGUUGACCAAAAUCUCGACACAACUCGAGACGAAACUCAUUACACCCAAUGAACGCAAAUUUGUCACUCAAUUACUCAUCGAAAUCAUAUACUUUAUCGCCGAUCUGGAGAACGAUCCGAAACGUGUGGACCCUUUCGAGUUAGUGCCCAAUCAUACGAAUCGCGAGCGACAGAAGCUGUUGAGGGAACAGAAUAUUCUGAAGCACUUAUUUAAGAUACUUCAGGCGCCGUUCACCGCUUCCGGCGAUGAGGCGCCGAUGCUUCGCAUGGAAGAGCUCAGUGACACCCGUUAUGCGCCCUUCAAACACAUCUGCCGUCUCUGUUAUCGAGUGCUGCGACUCUCGCAACACGAUUAUCGCAAAAAUCAAGAAUAUAUCGCCAAUUGGUUCGGUUUUAUGCAGAAACAGAUCGGUUACGACGUGUUGGCCGAAGACACGAUCACCGCUCUAUUGCACAGCAAUCGGAAACUAUUGGAACAACACAUCACUGCCAAUGAGAUCGAGACGUUUGUCUCACUGGUCCGCAAGAACCGGGAAUCAAGAUUUUUGGACUAUUUAUCCGAUUUGUGUAUUUCAAAGAAAGUUGCGAUUCCUAUAACACAGGAAUUGAUUUGUAAAACAGUUUUGUCGCCAAAAAACAACGAUAUUCUCAUCGAAACGCGUUUACUUCGCAAAGAACUAGAGGUGGAGUUCAAGAAAGAGAACCCUCUGUCCGGAGAGGUCGAGUCAUUUAUAAGUAUAGAAGUAGAGGAGGAUAUUAUCCUCUUGUGGGACAACGGAAGGCAAUCGAUGUCUAUUAAGGAAUUAGCAGAUAAUGCCGCUAAAGGGUUAACCGGAGAUCAAAACAUAUUGGAUUACUAUAAACAUCAAUUGGAUUUGUUUAGUGGCAUGUGUUUAGACAGACAAUACUUAGCCAUUAAUAACCUGUCAUCGCAUUUGAGUAUCGAUCUGAUCCAUAAGUGUAUGGCCGACGAGUCGCUGCCAUUCGACUUAAGGGCGGCCUUCUGUCGACUACUGCUUCAUAUGCACGUCGAUCGCGACCCUCAGGAACAGAUAACACCCGUUAAAUACGCCCGACUCUGGUCUGAGAUACCGCGCGACCUAUCGAUCCAAGACUACGACACAAACAAACAGCAGGACAUGUCCGCCAAAGAGGCGGUGAAGAAGAAGUUUGAUUCGAUCAUAACGUUUGUCGAGGACUACCUCUGCAAUGUCGUGAGCCAUGUCUGGUCUUUCGCCGAUAGGGAACAAAACAAGUUGACGUUUGAAGUCGUGAAACUCGCGCGCGAACUCAUUUACUUCGGCUUUUAUAACUUCAGCGAUUUGUUACGUUUGACCAAAACGUUGCUCAAUAUACUCGACUGCACCACAGAAUCGGCGCUCAAGAGAAUCACUUCCGAAAGCAUCGGACAUCUGAAGGAUAACUCUGUCAUGAAAUCGAUUGGAGAUAUAAGUAAUGUUAUGACGAGUUUUGUGUUGAAUAAGAACGAUAUGAAUAGUUUGAAAAGCAAUCAAAGCGUGAAGAGUGACAUUUCGAUGGCCAAUAAACUGACCUCAACUCCGAUAAUUGGUUCCGAAAUGGACACGAAUGUGAUGGACACUAAACUCAAGAUCAUUGAGAUUUUGCAAUUUAUUCUCAAUGUUAGACUCGAUUACAGAAUAACCGGUUUAUUGACUAUAUUUAAGAAAGAAAUUGAAGAAAGCCAUGAAAACGACGAACAGAACAACAAAUUCAAUGUAUUGGACGAUACGGUGAACAUCGGAGAGAAGGGCAUCGAUUUGGGACACAUCGGACAACAGGCGGAACUCAUCUUUGGCAGCGAGUCUAGCGAUGACAUCGAUCUGGACGGCAACGGCGGCUGCACUUUCCUGAGAGUGCUUUUGCACUUAACAAUGCAUGAAUACCCGCCACUCGUCAGCGGCUCUCUUCACCUAUUGUUUCGACACUUCUCUCAGCGCCAGGAAGUGCUCCAAUCCUUCAAACAGGUGCAGCUUCUGGUCUCCAAUAGUGAUGUCGAGAAUUACAAGCAGAUUAAGUCCGAUUUGGAUCAGUUCAGACUUCUGGUUGAAAAGUCCGAACUCUGGGUCUAUAAGACCAAAGCGAUGGACGACGAGAGCGGAAGUGUCGGCAAAACCAAAUCAAUCAAAGGCUCGGACGGCGACGCAGACGGUGACGAUCACGAGACCAAUAAAGCGGUUCCCAAUCACUUGUUUCGAAGCAACUCUUCGUCGCCGAUCAACUUGGAGUCGGGCUCUCAAGCGCUCGAAGUCUCGCAUUCAAAGAAUUACAAAAUAAUACGCGAAAUUUUACUCCGUUUGACGAAACUCUGCGUUCAGGAGAGUUCGGGCCCUAAGAGUGAGAUUAAGUCGCGGAAACACGAACAGAGGUUAUUGAGGAAUAUGGGCGCACAUGUCGUUGUCCUCGAAUUACUUCGCAUUCCUUACGAUAAGAAAGACUCAAAGAUGAAGGAAGUGAUGGCUUUGGCCCACGAAUUCCUUCAGCACUUCUGCCUCAGCAAUAAUCCCAACCAAACACUACUCGAAAAGCAUUUGGAACUCUUCAUGACUCCGAGUGGACAAGUGGUGAGAAAGUGUCAGAAUAUGGUUAUGCAAGAGUUGGUGAACGCCGGCGAAGAUGUGUUAGUCUUCUAUAACGAUAAGACGAGUUUCAAUCAAUUGAUAAAAAUGAUGCGAAGCGAGAGACACCGUAUGGACGAGGCGUCGGCUCUUCAAUAUCACAUCAAUUUAGUGAAACUCUUGGGCUGUUGUACUGAAGGCAAGAACGCGUUCACAGAAGUGAAGUGCCAUUCGCUGCUGUCAUUGGACGACAUAAUCCUUGUGGUGGAACACGAAGACUGUAUCGCCGAAGUGAAAGAGGCGUACAUUAAUUUUCUCACCCAUUGUUUCAUUGAUACCGAAAUGGAGAUGAAAGAGAUCUACGCCUCGAACCACAUCUGGACUCUAUUGGAGAACUUCUUGGUAGACAUGGCCACUGUCUGUACGGCCACUCACGAUAGAAAUCACGCCGACUUUGCGCUCGAGAGUUACGUCACGAAUUCGGUGAUGAAUUUAGUGACCACUUUCUUCAACUCGCCGUUUAGUGACCAGAGCUCUAGCGUUCAGAGGAUUGAUAUCAUUGAGAAUAAGGGCUAUAAUUAUGUCAAUUCCAUUGGACUCAUGCAUUGCGAUACAGUUUUGAUUGUCAUGACACGGGCCCUGACAGUACUCCGUCAGUGUUUCCAGCAUCUGUUGCAUAACCGCUAUUUCGGACGGAAGUCGCGAGUCGUAGGCUUUGGUGCGCGACUCACGCCUUUCGGUGCCGUAAACCAAAUACACGUCUUCGAGGGGAACGAAACCAUUUCCCUGAGACGUCGACUCCCUUUCGUCGCUAAACGACGAGUGAUUGAUGAGUGGAGUGGACGGCGUGUAACCCAUACUAUUGAUCUGUUGCGUGUCUUUUCGGCCGUAAACGUUGUUAGCGUCCAAUUUGUCUCCAUUAUUGGUGUCCUCUUUGUCAGCCUUAUUGUGUUCACUGGAACUGACAUUAAUGGUAGACUUGAUCUCGUGCUGAGCGCUCUUCAUCUUAUCGAAGAACACUUUGAAGAACUUGUCGGCAGAGUUCUCGGCCAGUUGCCGCCUUCCAGCAGCGCUAUUCCCAACUCCACGCACUCCACAAAUAUGUUAUGGAUGGGAUUGAUCAUGAUCAACUCGAUCACCAGAUUACUGCAGCCCUCUUUGUCCAAAUGGCACUGCACUUCCGAUAGUGUCAUCUCAGCCCUCGACAAUAGUAUACCUCCGGGUCCGAACUGUGUCGACGACUUCUUCAUCGGUUUCGGCUCUACUCACAAAGUACAUCAACAAAGACGGACAACUCUGCCUGAACUAAGGGUCUCAACUGCUCCUCCAAAAGGGAGACAAUGUCCUGAAAGCCUUCAAUUAUGGUGGCUAGCAAUGCCUUUGAUUAAACUCCACACGAAACAUACUCCAGAUCGCGGCCUCCAAACCGCGAUAAAGAUCACCACCAAGGCGACGCUCGCCGGCUGUCGGUGUGAGAGCACACAAAACUGUUUAAUCUCGAGUUCGGUGGGAACAGCCAUUGCUCUGGUUUUGGCGAUUUCCAUCAGCGCCUUAAUACAUGUCUCCACAUUAAUCCGUUGCGUUACUCAAGCGGAAGGCGCCCUGAAGUACGCGCACGAACACUGGUUGGGAGAAGUACUUCGGAAAGUAUUAUUGGAUAGAUAUUUGUCGAGAAAUGAGAUGAUUAUUAAGAGCGGGAAUAAGAGUAACAAAAGUAAUAAAUUAGAAAUAAUACCGAAACCGAUGAAGAAGUCGUCGACACAGUUCGGACCCGGAGGUAUACUACUGUCGAGGGCUGAGAUGACACUAUCGGAAGUGCAGUGCCAUUUGGACAAAGAGGGCUGCAGUAAUCUGGUGAUCGAGUUGAUCAUGAUCAAUCCCAUCCACAACAUAUUUGUGGAGUGCGUGGAGUUGGGAAUAGCGCUGCUGGAAGGCGGCAACUCUACCAUUCAGAAGUCCAUAUUCAACAAACUCACGGCCGAGAACUCUGCCGACAAGUUCUUUAAAGUGUUCUUCGAUAAGAUGAAGAGCGCUCAGCACGAGAUCAAGUCUACCAUUAAUGUCAGUUCCAGUGAACACAAUAAGGCUGACAAAGAAGACACCACUAAUGGAGACAAAUUGGACGCCAACAACGUUUACGGCCGAAAAGACACGCUUAGAAACAGUCGAAGUCAUAACGGAAUCGUAUUGACGGACGAACUAAAGCAACAGCUGAUGGACGCGGCGAGUGUUACCAACAAAGCCUACCAACAGAUCAAUAGUAUGGGUUACACGCCGUCCACUCCACUCAUCAAUCACUCGUCGUUUAGCGACGAAAGGGAGUCGACGUCUCAGGGAAAUGGUUUCGUUCCCCUCGAAGACGUGUAUUUGGUUUACGGCACCGAAAGGCGUGAGUCGCGCACCAAAGCCUACGACUCGCGACUUCCGUCCGAAAUAGCGGUUAUGCAACAGAUCUUAAGAUUCUUGCAAUUGUUGUGCGAAAACCAUAACUACGAGUUGCAAAACUUUCUUCGCCAACAAACCAACAAAAAUAAUUUCAAUUUGAUAUCCGAAACGUUGAUGUUUUUGGACCGUUUGUGCGGUUCAACCACCGGUGGAUUGGGUUUACUCGGGCUGUAUAUUAACGAGAAUAACGUGGCGUUAGUUAACCAAACGCUGGAAACACUGACGGAGUACUGUCAGGGCCCGUGUCAUGACAAUCAAAACUGUAUCGCAAUGCAUGAGUCCAAUGGAAUUGACAUAAUUAUAGCCCUUAUUCUCAAUGAUAUCAAUCCUCUGGGAAAGAAACGCAUGGAUUUAGUUCUGGAGCUCAAGAAUAAUGCAUCGAAACUAUUGUUGGCUAUAAUGGAAAGUCGAGCCGAUUCUGAAAACGCGGAACGAAUUCUGUUUAAUAUGAGUCCCAAACAGUUAAUCGACGUCUCGUGUAAUGCUUUCCAUCAAAGCCAUGACAGCAAUGAAGAUAUUGAUAGCUUUUCUGACAUUGACGACAGCGACGAUGCCGUGAAUCCCAAAGAAGUCGGACAUAAUAUAUACAUUCUGUGCCAUCAAUUGGCUCAACACAACAAAGACUUGGCAUCACUUCUCAAGAACUCGAAUGAAACAGAGAUUGAAAUCAAUACCAAAAUGAAGGAAUCGUUGAGUUAUUAUCAGUCACACACCGCACAGAUUGAGAUCGUAAGACACGACCGAACGAUGGAACAGAUAGUGUUUCCGGUGCCGCAAAUCUGCGAAUUCCUGACUCCAGAGUCCAAAACGAAAUCAUAUCAUUCGGCCGAACGCGACGAACAGGGAAGCAAAGUGUCCGACUUCUUCGAGCGCACAGAAGAUCUCUUCAAUGAAAUGAAAUGGCAAAAGAAGUUAAGAGGCCAACCACUAUUGUUUUGGGUGUCGCGACACAUGUCAAUGUGGAACUCCAUUACAUUCAACUUAGCCGUCGUUAUCAACAUUAUUAUCGCAUUCUUCUAUCCAUUUCCCGAUCAAACCGAAUUAGACUCUCGCUUAUCGGCGAUGAUUUGGGCGGUUAUGUUGGUAUCGCUAUCAUCGGUGCUGACAAUGCCCGGGAAGGCCGGCAUUCGGGUAUUCGGUGCCUCAUUAAUAUUGCGGCUCAUCUAUAGUAUAGGCAUUCGGCCGACACUAUUCGUGUUGGGCUCGACUAAUGUGAUCGCCACUACUGUUCAUUUGAUCUCAACGAUGGGAAAUCACGGAACUUUCAAUAAAGACUAUCGACAUAUUAUUAUUGACAACGAGUUUCUCUAUCAUGUGGUUUAUCUAAUCUUCUGUAUGGUUGGCCUUAUAGUCCAUCCAUUGAUUUAUAGUAUUUUACUCCUGAAUGUUGUCUAUCAGGAGGAGACCCUGAAGAACGUGAUUAGGUCUGUGACCAGAAACGGGCGCUCCAUUAUAUUGACGGCUAUAUUGGCUCUCAUUCUCGUCUAUUUAUUUUCAAUUAUUGGAUAUUUAUUUUUUAGCGAUGACUUCCAGAUGGAAGUCGACUCAUCCCUACUUUGGGACCAAAACAACCAAAUUGUUGAGGAUUUGGCCGAAACUGAUCGCUGUUUGGCUAACAAUUCCGACAUCGGAUGCAAUAAUCAAACAAAUCAAACGGAAACGCAUCAUAAAAAUACUAGCGUUUUAUUUGAUUUACUGAAUAAAUCAGACGAUUCCGAGACCUCUUUGACUGAAGAGACCGAAGAAUCGACUAAAGAAAGAGUUUGUGAUUCACUCAUAAUGUGUAUAAUAACGACAUUAAAUCAGGGCCUCAGGAAUGGCGGCGGAAUUGGAGAUGUGCUGCGAUCUCCCAGUUCUGCGGAACCGCUAUUUAUCGCACGAGUUAUCUAUGAUAUGCUCUUCUUCUUCAUUGUUAUCAUUAUUAUUCUUAAUCUCAUAUUUGGUGUUAUUAUCGACACAUUCGCUGACCUCAGAAGCGAAAAGCAACAAAAGGAAGAGAUUCUUAAGAAUACAUGCUUUAUAUGCGGACUGGACAGGUCUUCCUUCGACAACAAGAGUGUGUCAUUUGAAGAGCACAUCCGAUGCGAGCAUAAUAUGUGGCAUUACCUCUAUUUUAUAGUCUUAGUUAAAGUGAAGAAUCCGACAGAAUUUACCGGUCCUGAGAGCUAUGUGGCCACUAUGAUCAAGGAACGUAAUCUGGAUUGGUUUCCACGGAUGAGAGCCAUGUCUUUGGCGGCCAACGACGCGGAAGGAGAGCAGAACGAGUUUCGUGUAUUGCAAUCUCAACUCGAAAUCACACAAAAACUUGUCUCAACACUAAGUCAACAAUUGUUUGAACUUAAAGAUCAGAUGACUGAACAACGAAAACAACAGCAAAGGAGAGGCCUAUUAAGUACUAGCGGUCCAAUAGCUGUCACUUAGGAUUCUGUUAAAUCUUAUAUAUUUUUAUAUUUGUUGAGAACUUAAGUUUCAAUUGAUUUUCUUAUAUUUUAUUUGCGAUCAUUUCAUUUGCCAAAGCAUUUGACUUAAUGUUUGAACAAAACAUCAAAAAACAACUUAUUAUGAAAUGUGCCUUAAAUUUGUUGUGAAAAUAAUAUUUUUAUUAUUAUUAUAAUAGCUUUAAUCGAGAAUUUAUUACUGAUAUUAAGGUUAUGUUUGUUAUGAAAUAAUGUUUUUAUUUUAUUUAUUAUUUUUUAUGACAAAUAUAUUAUAUUUUACUGUUAAGAGAGCGUUAAACUACUGAAUAUUUUAUAUGUUGGAUAAAAAUCGCAAUUUUAUUGUUGUCAUUACACGACCGGCGCUGGACUUUACUGUCUUAUCACAUAAAUUCCAGUCCUAUUGUCGUGACAUUUAUAUGCAAUCAAACGAUAUUUUAUAUAUUUAAUGAAUUAUUUAAUUGUUUAUUAUUAGUACAAAAAUACAUUUCUAACUUAAAAAUACUUUUUUAAUAACUUGUAAUAUACUGAAC